AUGAAGCUAUAUCCGUGGUGGGCCGUGGGGUGGGCCAUGCUGCUGGGGCCCGCUGCAGCCAUGAAGCUGGCGCAGGAGUUGGACCACUCUGUGACGGAUCUGGAGACGGACUCUGUGUCGAGCGGCCUGUUUGCCCGCGCAUCCAGCGCUGUGUCUUCGGACGAGGGCAUGAACACUUCCAGAGACGGAUCUCUCGACGUUGUGGCGGCCAAAAAGAAUCCGUUCAAGCAAUUGGAAAGUCUCGCGAACACGGUCAAAGAUGCCGGCAAAGUGGUGGCAAAUGCAGGCCUGGAGAUGGGCAAAGCCGCCGCCAACGGAGCUGUCGUGAUCGGGAACAGCAUUUUGGAAUCACCGCUGGAGAGCUUACAGGAAGUGGGCGAUGUCCUCUCGCUGCCAACGGACGUGUUGGAUCGAGCAUUAGAGGUGGGUAACGUGUGGGAUGCCACGCCCCCAAAUGUGAGUCAGUUCCUUGUGGAUGCCACGAUGGGCUUGGGAAGUGGCCUCGUGGAUCCGGUGCGGGCGUCGUUGCAGGAGGCUGCAAGGCACGGCCGAGCGCUGGUCGAUCAGGUGGACAGAAUCCUCCCAGAUGCCAUGGACGCUGUGGGACCUUUGGCGGCCGGCCUGGUUCCAGCGGAAUGGGAUCAACUGAGGGGCUUGAUCCACUGCCAAAACUCUGGUGGCGACGGCCGUCGGGCGCUGUGUGAGAUGCUGAUUGGACGGGAGUGCGAUUGCAGCCAUGGAAGAAGCUACGUGAGGCCGUCUACAGGUCGCAUGCAGAUGAAGUGCAUGUUCAAGGACACCUCCGUCUUUGCCAAAGGCUUCGGCAUCCGGGCGACAGGCACCAUAGACAGCUCGGGAAAAGCUUCUCUCGACGCCAACAUCCUUCCAGGGGAGGACUUCGAGCAAACCCACAGAUUGAACAACGAGGCCCUCAGGCUGCAGCAGACUGUCAGGCAGAGCCAGCAGACCAUGAAAGACGUGCAAAGAGACCAGGCCAGAGGCAGGCAGAAGAGUCUGUCGGAUUACAAGGCCAAGCAGCCUUCAGGAUCUUGUUCGGGUUCCCUCAGCGUCGCCGUCGAUGGCGUGGUGCAGUUGACCUCCCCACAGGUUGAGGUGGACACGACGGCUGAGACUACCACAUUCACCGUCAGUAGCAUGGUGAGGGCGUCGAUGGAUGCGCUGGUCACGGCAGAGGGUAGCUGCUCCUACAAGGCCUCAAAGGGAUUUCCCAAGAAGCCCAAAACCAAGAUUAUCUGCGGCAAGGGAUUUUGUAUCCUUAUAGCGUUGCAGAUGGUUGCGACGCUGGAGGUGAAGGGCACCCUUACCGGGACAGUCGAGACUUCACACGACGUGGAUUUCCAAGUUGUGGCCACAGGGCGCAUCACAAGGGACGGCUUUGGGAACGCCCGUGAUGUCCAUGUUCGUGUGAGCAGUCCUCAGCUUCAGCACCAGGACGGAUGGGCGGUCGGGAUCAGCGCUGCAGCCUCCGUGAAAUUGAGCGCGGGGCCGCAACUUGUGGUUUACCCGAUGCCGGGGAUUCCCAUCACCUUCCAUCCGGCGGUCCAUGCCGAAGCCAAAGGCAUCGGCACGGUCUUCCACCCGCAAAAACCACAGCGUCCCGGUAGCUUCAUCGAGCAGUCUGCCAACACGAGCUCCGACAUCACCUCGGCUCGCCUCGAGCAGGACUUCGAAAAGCGAACCCUAAAGCUGCCUCUCUGUGGCGCGGCAGCCAUGACUGUCUAUUCGGACUUCGGGGUCACCGGCUUCAAUCUUCCGCCUCCGCUGCGGGAGAUUCUCGACAAUGACUUCUUGAAGGAGGCCCUGGCAAAAGCUAUGCGGGAAGGUGCGACGGCGAUGAUAGAAGACAUGACCGGACGAGCGCAAUGCGUUCCCGGCGGAAGCCACAUCACAGACGUUGUAAACCGAGCCGCAGGUGUGGCUGCUGGGAACCUCCAGGGUCUGAUUUCAGCACUGGGCCUCCCUUGGCAAAUCCCGCUGGUUCAGCUGCUAAACCCACAGCGGCUGUUUUGCGAAGUGGUCAAGACAAUUCCAGCUGAUCCAAACGAGUUCAACAGCCGGCCAUGCGCGAAAGACCUCGGGUGCAAGACCGCUGGUCAGGCGCCUCCGCCCCCCUCCGAGGAGGUCGCGACCGUGCCACCGGAAAAUGUUGAUCAGAUUCAAUCCCGGACCGAUGCGGCGAAGGCAUGCCACAAUCUCCCAAUGGGUGAUGGCUUCAUCGAGCUUGGUGAGUUCCGCAUUGGAGUCACGGGACAUGGACACCACGGCCACGAACGUCUGGUGAUUGCGCACAGGAAUGGCCCGGUCCCCGUCUUCUGGACGGAACAGGGACACGUUGAGCACAGUCCGCACAACUGGAAUCACGGGCUCUGGGCCCGGCCUGUCCUGGCACUGGGAGGAUCCUUUAACAUCAAGUUCGGCUUCCAAUUCAUCCAGAUUGGAGACUUCCGCAUCGGUGCUGUUGAUGACCAUCACUUCUCGAUUGCGCACCGGCGUACUAUGAUGACGGCCGUGAUCUACACAGCUGACGGCGUAACGCACCCGGGGCACAACCACCGGAGGGACUGGAACGUCCUUGACCGCCCCGAAGGACCUCCAGUCGGCUUGACAUUCGGAGAGCGGUUCGUGCAGUUCGGCAAAUUCCGGAUGGGCGACACGGACGGGCAUCAUUUCUACCUCAUGAGCCCGCGCUGGCACAUGAUCAGUCUCUUCCUCGGCGAUGGCGGUGUAAACUUCUACAAUCCGAACAUCUAUCAUGAAGGCCUUCAUCGCCUGCAGCAGAACUUGCUGAGGGAACGUCUCGCUGACUGGACAUGUCCGGACUUGGGCGAGCUGGCGCACGGAGCCUGCACCGCGAGCUGGGGAGGUUGGGGUGACCGGUUCCUCCAGCUCGGAAACUGGCGAUUGGGUGCCCUUGACACAGGCCACUUCGGGAUUUGUCACAGGAAUGGCAUUAACGCCCACAUGUACAGGCACGAUGGCACGGUGUUCCCUGCCAGAAAUGACCCCCAACUUUGGAGAAGGCCGCUUGGUUUCCCCUACGGCAUCACCUUCGGCAAGGACUUCAUCCAAAUUGGGAGUUUCCGCAUUAUGGCAGGGGACAAGAACCACAUGAGCAUCUCUCAUCCAGAGUUCAUCGGUGUGAACUUCCGGGGCCAUGACGCGACGAUGUGGCUAGGCAAGGAAACGCACGACAAAGCGGCCUCGGAGAAGUGGAGCGGUUGGUGGGGAGAACACGCGAAUAAAGACAGUGCCGGGCGUGCCGGGCCUACACGUGUCAUGUAUGGGGAUCGAGUCUUACAGAUCGGACACUUCCGGAUCGGGCAGAUGGAUUCGGGCGAUGAUCUGCUUUUGACGCAUGUGGACGGUCAUCUCAAGCACACCGUGAGCCGCUUCACCUCAUCCGGACAAGUUCACACGAACCAGGACUACAACGAUUUCACGCGCCACGUCGUCUACCGGCCAAUGCAGUACCACUGCAGCAGUUUGGAGGAUGUCAUGGGGCUAUGCCCCGGAAUCACUGCAGGUGACAAGUUCAUUCAGAUCGGUGACUUCCGGAUUGCGCAGAGCCUGCCCGGCGCUCUCUCCAUCUCCCACCGAUCCGGCAAGGUUUCCAAGGUGUUCUUCUCCGACGGAACUUUGCAGACCAACCUCGGCGGAGAGGCAAGCCGUCCUCAUCCUCACAGCGCUUGGUGGAAGGAGCCGAGGGAACUUCACCAUGCGGAUGCCGGCAGUCUGAAGUUCGGAGAUCGCUUUAUUGAGAUCGGUGAUUUUCGGCUCGGCGCGGACGAAGUGCCCUGGGGAGGCUACGACUCUGUGAUCCUCACUCAUAAAAACUUCGAUGUCAUACAGUUCUGGAAUUUCGAUGGGGCGUUGAUGCCUGGAGCAAACGUCCACGCAAAGUCGCACCCCCGAGGGAAGGCCAUCUGGGCUCGUCCGCUUGGACCUCCGAAGGGUGUGAGCUUUGGCGACCGCUUCGUACAGAUUGGCAACUACCGGCUUGGCGACUUCGAUGGGCACCACUUCACCGUGGCCCACAAAGACGGCGUCAUCGCCGAGAUGUUUACCGGCUAUGACGGGCUCCAGCACAACGGACCGAUUACCAAGUGGACAACGUUUGGCCGGCCGAUGAAAGACUGCAAGGUGAUGCCACCGAGGGAUCGGGUCCCCUAA